AGUCACCUUUCACUUCAUUUCAAAUACGAAUACAAAAACGAAAAGCUCCUCUUCCUCCUCCUGAUCCUUCCUGCACUUUCUACCACCUCUUUCCUUAUCCAAAAUUGAAAACUUCUCCUCCCUCCUUAAUGAACACCAAUCUCCACCACCUUAAACCACAGCUCCUAAAUCCACACCCCUUUUUCUCCCCUAAAAACCCUUACCAAUUCCGUUCUUACAAACGACGCCGUCUUAAACCAUGUAGCAGCAGCAGCAACUUCCUAGAACCUUUCAAGAACCUUCUAUCACAAUUCCCGUCACCAAACACUCCCGAUAUCUUGGCUCCUGCUUUAGGCCUCGCUUCAGGCUUAACUCUCUAUCUCUCUCAAUCAAACAAAUUUUCAAAAUCCUCAAACAUCGGCGAGUGGAUUCUUUUUUCUAGCCCGACGCCGUUUAACCGUUUUGUAAUUUUACGCUGCCCUUCAAUAUCGUUCGAAGGGAGCGAGUUUAUAGAAAAUGUGAACGAUAAGUUAGUUAAAGAGGACAGGCAUUUUGUUAGGUUAAAUAGCGGGAAAAUUGGGGUGGGGAGAGAGAGUAGUGAGGGAUUGAAAUUGGAGUUUCAAAGAGUGUGUGUUAAUACGGAGGAUGGUGGUGUUAUUUCGCUUGAUUGGCCGGCGGAUUUGGAGUUGGAAGAAGAACAUGGAUUGGAUACUACUUUGUUACUUGUUCCUGGCACUGCCAAAGGCAGUUCGGAAGACAAUGUUAGGUUUUUUGUCGUUGAUGCUCUUAAGCGCGGCUUUUUCCCUGUCGUUAUGAAUCCUAGAGGAUGUGCUGCUUCACCAAUUACUACGGCAAGGUUAUUUACAGCUGCUGACAGCGAUGAUAUCUCCACAGCUAUACAGUUCAUCAGCAAGGCAAGGCCAUGGACGACACUAAUGGGUGUUGGAUGGGGAUAUGGUGCGAAUAUGUUGACAAAAUAUUUGGCUGAAGUUGGGGAGUGUACACCUCUCACUGCCGCCACGUGCAUUAACAAUCCUUUUGACUUAGAGGAGGCCACGAGGUGCUCUCCUUAUCACGUAGCAUUGGAUCAGAAGCUCACUGGUGGACUGAUAGAUAUUCUGCAAUCUAACAAGGAAAUUUUUCAAGGAAGAGCAAAGGGGUUUGAUGUGGAAAAUGCUUUAGUGUCAAAAUCUGUUCGUGAUUUUGAAAAAGCAAUAUCUAUGGUAUCUUAUGGCUUUGAGGAAAUAGAAGACUUCUAUUCAAAAUCUAGCACACGAGGCAUGGUUGGGAAUGUCAAGAUUCCAGUUCUUUUUAUCCAGAGUGAUGAUGGGACAGUGCCGCCGUUCUCCAUUCCACACAGUUUGAUUGCUGAAAAUCCAUUUACAAGCCUCCUUUUAUGUUCUUGUGUGCCAUCUAGUGCUGUAGAAAGUGGCAGAGCUGCUGUAUCAUGGUGCCAGAAUCUUACAAUUGAGUGGCUUAUAGCUGUGGAGCUUGGACUUUUGAAGGGUCGUCAUCCACUUCUGAAAGAUGUAGACGUUAACAUCAACCCCUCAAAAGGCCUAACUCCUGUGGAAAGCAGAGAUAAACGAGUUGAACUUAAUAAUCUCUCAAGUCUUUCCCCAACUGACACUAGUGGGUACACCAUAGAACCUAUAAACAAGAUACUUCAAGAUAUCCAAUCAAGAUCCAGAAAAGAUUCCCAAAGAGAUUUAAAACUCGAUGAAGAACUGCAAGGAGUGGAAAAUGAUGCAGUGCAGCAGAGAAGAUCUGUUGAUGCUGAAUUGAUAGAACAGGAUUCUGCAGAUUCUGUAGAUAUUGAAAAUGGUCAAGUGCUGCCAACAGCUCAGGUGGUUAUGAAUAUGCUUGAUGUGAUGAUGCCUGAUACUCUGACCAAAGAAAAAAAGAAGAAGGUUUUGACUGCUGUGGGUCAGGGAGAGACACUUAUUAAAGCUUUGCAAGAUGCUGUACCAGAAGAGGUUGUUGGAAAGCUUACGACUUCUGUAUCUGGAAUUCUGCAAGCUCAACACAGUAACUUAAAUGCUAAUGGACUACUGAGCAUUGGUGAGGUUCCUAAUGUUCCUAAAACAAAGAUACAGGAAAAAGUCAGAGAAGUAUCAAGUGCAGAAGUCACAUCUAAAGAUCCACAUUCUCCAGAUCAGAUGGAAAGGGCUGAGGAUUUGACAGAUGGAUCUGUUAACAAUCAUCCUGGGACAGAGAAGUCUGGUGCUGCACCUGAACAGGAGCUUCACUCUUCGAAGAAUAUACAAAAAUCUAUUGAAACAAGUCAGUCUCAGGUAAUGAGCAGUCAACAAGGUGAUCCAUCUGGGUCUGACAGGAAGGAACCAAAUGAGUCGGGACAUAAGAAUGAGAGUGAUGAGUUUAUCAAAGAAAAAGCUGCAUCUCACUCUGACAGUAGUGAGAAGGGAUUGGAAACCAGCAGUAACCCUAACAUCACCAGCCAUUCUGAGAAGGCUAGUAGCACGGAAGAAGCAAUUGUUGAUGAAUCCAAAGUUGAACAGGGUGGUGGAUCACCUCAAGUAGAAGCAAAAGGGGAGAAUAGCACUCAGAAGAAUGAAGAGAAAACUGCAGAUUCAUCAGCUGAUCAAAAUGGGAUAGUUUCAGCCAAAAUGACAGAAGAACCUCUUCUACCUGCAGUAUCUGCCACUGACUCUCAAACAAUUGAAAGGGGUGGAAAUGAUGAUCAGAAAAAUGAAGAGAAAACUGCAGAUUCAUCAGCUGAUCAAAAUGGGAUAGUUUCAGCCAAUAUGACAGAAGAACCUCUUCCACCUGCAGUAUCUGCUACUGACUCAGAAGCAAUUGAAAGGGUUGGAAAUGGUGAUCAGAAGAGGGAAAACAAAACCAUGCAACCUGCUCAUGAUCAAAAUAAGCCUCCCACAUCUGAUUCUAAUCCCCCUACUUUCAGCGUUACUCAAGCAUUAGAUGCCUUAACAGGGAUGGAUGAUUCUACUCAAGUGGCUGUUAACAGUGUUUUUGGUGUGCUAGAAAGCAUGAUUUCUCAGUUGGAAGAGGAAACAGACCAUGAAAACAAAAUCAAGAAUAAAAAUGAGGUUGAGGGUGAGUUAGUUGAUUCCAAGCCUAAGAAACUGGAAAACGCUAAUCACUCAGGCAAGCAGUCAGACACAUUACAGCAUCCUCCUGUACAUAAGCUCCAUGAAAGUGGUGGCAACCAACAGAAUGUUGCAAGUAGUGGAUUGGUAGAGGAGGAACUCACUGAGGAUCCCAUUUUGUUUAGUGGGAAUGGUACUAGGGGUUCUCAGGGAGAUAUUGCGAGCAACUAUGAAAUUAAGGAAGAACAAAAGAAGGAUCAAUUAGUUAGUGGGAAGCAUUUGGCUGGCUAUGAUGGACAUGUAAAUAGCAUUCCAUUGUACGUAACUGCAAAUCCAUAUGGAGACUUUGUACAGAACAAAUAUUUCCACAGAUAUCUUCUUUCAAAGAUUCCAAAUAGCAAGCCACUUGAUCUAGAUACAACCACUGCUCUGUUGCUUGACUAUUUUCCAGAAGAAGGUAAAUGGAAGCUCCUAGAGCAGCCAGGAAUCACUGGAGAAUCUAUAGGAGGUGUUACCACCAGUAAUGAUGCUGGCAUAAAGGUUCAGGUCCACUCCUCUGGAAAAGAGAAUGAUGGAGAAAGUUAUAUUGAACCAUCAUAUGUAGUAUUAGAUACUGAAAAGCAACAGGAACCUGUUGAAGAAUAUAGCACAAUGGAAAUUUUUACUGAAAAUGAUGAUGGUAUAUUAGAUGAGUUAAUAGAGUUUGUGAAAAUUGUUGUUUUGGAUGCUUUGAGGAUUGAAGUUGGUCGCAAACUAGGUGCAGCUAGCAAGAAAGAAAUGAAAUCCUAUUUUGCUAGAGAUCUUGAGCUAGUAGCAGAUGCUGUGUCUCUGGCCAUUGUACGUAACAAGGAUCAUACUUGGUGCUUGAAAGGUAAAUAUCAUAGAAUUGAAGGUGCUGAAGAAAAAGUUGGUACUGUUCAUGGAGAGCAUAUUGUCAAGGCCAUUUCAUCUUCUGUUCUUAGAACAAAUUAUCUGAGAAGAUUACUGCCAGUUGGUGUCAUUAUAGGGUCUAGCUUAGCUGCUUUGAGAAAAUAUUUUAAUGUAGCUACAAGGAACGAGAAUGACAUAAAAUCCUCAGGUCAAACCCAAAAUCAUGGGCAGAAAAGUCAAGACAAGGUCUGCAUAAAGGAGAUGGAUCAUGAGCUUACAACCAAAAGUGGUCAUAGAACAAGUUUCAACAGUUCAAUAACUAGAGAAGGAGAAGAAGCAACAUUGAAAACUAUAAACAAUGAUAGAGUGAUGGUUGGUGCUGUUACAGCUGCCUUGGGAGCGUCUGCUUUACUAGUUCAGCAGCAGGAUCCAAGCAAUUCCAAGGAAGGUGGGGAAAGUUCAUCCAAGUUCUUGAAGGAAAGAGGAAAUCUUCUAAAGCCAGCUGAAAAGCUGGAGGUAACGGAGUCUGAAAAAAACCCGAACAUUGUUACGAGCCUUGCUGAGAAGGCCAUGUCCGUUGCUGGUCCGGUGGUUCCUACGAGGGAAGAUGGUGGAGUAGAUCAAGAAAGGCUGGUUGCAAUGUUAGCUGACUUGGGACAAAAGGGUGGCAUGUUGAAGCUAGUUGGUAAAAUUGCUUUGCUUUGGGGUGGUAUACGUGGUGCUAUGAGUCUGACAGACAAACUGAUUAUGUUUCUGCAUAUAGCUGAACGCCCCUUGUACCAGAGGGUUCUUGGGUUUGCUGGCAUGGUGCUUGUUCUUUGGUCACCGAUCAUUGUUCCAUUGCUUCCCACUCUUGUACUGAGCUGGACAACGAGCAACCCCUCCAGAUUUGCUGAGUUUGUUUGCAUUGUUGGCCUCUAUACUGCUAUUAUGAUACUUGUUACGUUAUGGGGCAGAAGAAUACGUGGAUAUGAAGAUCCACUAGAGCAAUACGGGUUAGAUUUGACUGCAUUGCCUAAGAUCCAAAAAUAUUUGUGGGGCUUGAUUGGAGGAGUCCUGCUUGUUGCAUCAAUACAGUCCCUAAAUGCUUUACUGGUUUGUGUGAGUUUCUCUUGGCCGUCAGGCAUUCCUUCAUCUUCCUUAGAUGCCAUGACAUGGCUCAAAAUGUAUGUGCAAAUGAUUAUGCUAGCUGGUCGAGGAAUUAUAACGGCAACAGGCAUUGUGCUGGUUGAAGAAUUACUUUUCAGGUCAUGGUUGCCUGAAGAAAUUGAAGCAGAUGUUGGCUAUCAUCAAGCAAUUAUUAUUUCAGGACUGGCAUUCUCUCUUUUCCAGAGGUCUGUCUGGGCAGUGCCAGGGCUUUGGCUUUUUUCCUUGGCUCUUGCAGGGUUUCGGCAAAGAAGCAAAGGCAGCCUGUCCAUUCCAAUCGGGUUGAGGACGGGGAUAAUGGCUUCUAGUUUUGUUUUACAAACAGGAGGCCUUUUGACCUAUAAGCCCAACUAUCCUGUUUGGGUAACUGGGACUCAUCCACUACAACCUUUCAGUGGGGCAAUUGGUCUUGCAUUCUCUUUAUUGAUGGCCAUAUUUCUCUAUCCAUGGCAACCUCUAGAAGAGAAGAGCUUGGGAAGGGCCACGCAGGGAUGAAUAGCGAAAUUUGUUAAUAGAGCAAGAGCAGAUAUGGGGUAAUGCUAGCCCCCACAUUUGUGAUUUGCGUUCCAGAAUGAUAAGAUCGUUUGAAAGAAGAUAAAAAGGUGGUGGUGGAGAAAGGAAACGGAGACAUGCUAGCCAGCAUGCGGAAGAGCAAGUAAGGCCCGGCUCUCUUGUUGUUUAUAAAUAAAUACCACUAAACCGAGUAGCAAUGGCGGACCACCCAGUAUCCACUGCCCAUGAAAAAGAGAACACAAAAGGCAGGAGGCAUUGCUGUAUACGGCGUACGGUCUGUAAAUCUCGAAAGGUAAAAAGCAAUGCAUUUUUCUAAGUAGCUUGUAUAUAAAAGUUUUGACUUCUACCCUGAGGGCGUCAUCAAUAAACAGGUAAAGGGGUUUGUUACCGUUUGUGGAUUGUGAUUAAUAUAGUUCUUUGCAAAAAAUUUUUACAUCAUUAUUAAUACAUGAUAAUUUUUUGGUUCA